AUGAUCCUCACCAUCAUUUCAGGAACAACAACAAUCUACCUCCUCUACAAACUCCUCUCCUUUAUCUACUACUACGUCCUCGCCCUCCGCACAGGCUUCCCACUCUUACUUAGCCCCAUAUUCGCAAAAUCGAUAUUAUGGCAAAUCCUCGCCCCAGCCGUAUUACCUUCAAUCAGAGGAAAAUUACCCUUAUGGAUUGUCAUUCGUCUUGAGCUGGUUGUGAAUGGAUGGGAGUUUAGAUGGAGGCAUGGAGAAGCGCAGAGGUUUGUUGGUGGGGAUACGUUUGUGGUUGUUUGUCCGGAUGGGUUGUAUAUGUGGUGCUCUGAUCCAGUCCUUGGAAGUGUGAUAUUACAGCGCAGAAAGGAUUUUAUCCAGGGUGAUGUGGUGAAGCAGUUUAUUGGUAUAUUUGGGUCGAAUGUGCUUCAGGUUUGGCAACGACAACGUAGAAUCAUCGCCCCCCAUCUCAGCGAAGGUAUCAUGGCCACAGUAUGGAAAGAGAGCUGUCUCCAAGCCCGAGAUAUGAUCGCCUAUCUGGUCGAGCACCCCGGCGGCGAGACGCUAGGUGGCCUUCGAAGUGUGGCAAUCAACGUCCUCGGCUCAGCGGCCUAUGGGUAUAGUCAAUCCUGGUCUCCGGGGAUUGCAUACGGAAUGACCGAAGAAGGUAACUGGGGCAGUGGACGAAUCGCUUAUUUCAAGACUAUCGCUUUAGUGGCUGAUCAGUUCAUUGCGGCUGUCCUGAUACCCUCAUGGAUUAAGAAGCUGCCGUUUAUGCCAAAGUGGUUGCGGGUUAUAGAUCGACAGAUGGCGAAUGUGCCGCGGUACGUCAAGGAGAUUUUUGACGCGGAAUUGCAGAAGAAAACUACAGAAAUUCCAGAGGGGAAGGAUAAACACAACAAUAAUGUUCUGGACAUGUUGUUGCAAUACUCGCAAAAGAAGACCACCAAUGGGUUAUAUCUUACCGAAGAUGAAAUGAGUGGUAAUCUAUGGGUCUUUACAGCAGCUGGGUUCGAUACUACAGCAAAUACCAUGGGGUACGCGGUGAUACUACUCGCGGCAUAUCCGGAAUAUCAGGAGUGGAUGAGGGAGGAGCUUUGUGGACUUGAUGCGGAUAUUUCACCGGAGGAGUAUGAGAAGUGUUUUGCUUUGUGUCCAAGGGUUUUGGCUGUUAUGUUCGAGACAUUACGUCUCUUCACGCCAGUACUCCAUUCGACACGAACAGUUAAUGGGAUACAACAACUCGCAGGCCGGAAGGGAACGCACAUCCUCUCCUCGCCCAUGGAUGUCUUUGUCUGCGCUCAAAUCAUGCACUGCGAUACUACUCUCUGGGGUCCGGACGCAGCUGAAUUCAAUCCAAAGCGAUGGUUCGAUAAGCAGACAAAUCUACUCAUCAAACCUCCCAAAGAUACAUUCCUGCCGUGGUCUGGCGGGCCAAGAGUGUGUCCCGGAAUGAAGAUGUCGCAGGUAGAGUUUGUGGCGACUAUAGCGACGCUGUUUCGGCAGUCGAGGUGUGAGGUGUUGACGCUGACUGGCAAGGAAGAGGAGGGACGGAAAAGGUUGAUGGAUAUGAUGGACGAUUCGAUUAGUAAGUUGACAUUGCAGGUUAGGAAUGGUCAGGAGGUGAAGUUGCGAUGGGUUGUGUAG